AGAUCACAACUUGACAUAUAAACUUAACCCCGAAUUUUAACACUUAAAACUUAAUAGUCGUACAUUAAUUGUUGAUGUUACAAUUAGUUAGACCAAAAUUACGUGUAUCAAUAAAGAUUCUUGUAAACAAAAUGAACGAAGUAAAAGAAAUUCGAAAUAUUUCAGAAGGUUUAGCAAAUAUUAAAACUAGUGGAAAAGUAUUUUAUAAUCCCGUACAGGAAUUCAAUCGAGAUUUAAGUAUUUCAGUCAUAUCUACAUUUGCUAAAGAAUAUUUUAUCGAAAAAAAAGGUAAAGAAAAAGAAUUUGUUUUGAAUCCUAACGAAUUUGAAAUUAGAACAGCCGGUGAUAAAUACGAAGAUGGUUUGUAUAUUUUGGAAGCUUUAUCAGCUACAGGUUUGAGAAGUAUUAGAUACGCCAAAGAAAUACCGGGUGUUCGAGAAAUCGUAGCCAACGAUUUUUCUGCGAAAGCAGUGGAAGAUAUUAAAAAUAACGUUCGAUUUAAUGACAUUGAGCAUUUAGUGACGCCAAAUCAUGAAGACGCAACAAUUUUAAUGUACCAACAUAGAAAACAUAAUCGAUUCGACGUUAUCGACUUGGACCCGUACGGUUGCCCGUCGAUGUUUUUAGAUUCGGCAAUACAAGCCGUCAACGAAGGCGGUUUACUACUAGUUACCGCCACCGAUAUGGCGGUUUUAGCCGGUAAUUCUCCUGAAACUUGCUACUCCAAAUAUGGCGCCAUUUCCAUUAAAACAAAAAGUUGCCAUGAAGUAGCCUUGCGGAUACUAUUGCAGUGCAUAGAAUCCCACGCCAACCGUUACGGUAGAUAUAUUGUACCAUUAUUAUCGUUAUCCGCCGAUUUUUACAUAAGGGUGUUUGUUAGGGUCUAUUCUGGAGCUCACAAAUGUAAAUAUUCAACUAGUAAAUUGUCUCACGUGUACCAAUGUACCGGUUGCGACAGUUUCACCCUUCAACCCUUAGGUAUAAUUAAAAUGAACGACAAAAACGUUAAGUUCAAAAUACCUACCGGACCGCCGGUUUCCCAUAAAUGCGAACAUUGCGGACAACCUCAUCACAUCGGCGGUCCGAUUUGGUCGGCCCCUUUACAUUCCCCGGAAUUUGUACGACAAGUUUUAGACGAGGUCCGUGACAAUUUUGGUACGAUACGUCGAAUACGGGGCGUUCUAAAUGUCAUUCGAGAAGAAUUAAUCGACGCUCCCCUGUAUUAUACUUUAGAAAAAUUGUGCGGUACCAUACACGUUGAACAGCCUCAAAUGAUGUCGAUCAGGUCAGCCAUUUUGAAUGCAGGAUAUAGGGUAUCCUUCACCCAUAUGAAUCCUACCUCUAUAAAAACAGACGCUCCCACUAAAGUCAUUUGGGAUAUAAUGAGAUGUUGGGAAAAAACUCGCCCGGCUUCGAAAAAAAGACUCAUAGAAGGUUCCCCUGCAUUUUGUAUCCUAUCGAAAGAACCGGAGAAGGAAUAUUCGUUUAAACUGCAUCCAGCAGCUAAUCCAGAAUCGAAAAAAUUGAGACUAGUGAGGUUUCAAGAGAAUCCUUUACCACAUUGGGGACCUGGAUUUAAAAAUACCGCGAUGAUAGGUGAUCAAAAAAUCUUGAAGAGUCAAAGGAACCAGGGGAAGAGGAAAAAAGAAGGAGCCGAUUGUACGGAACCGAAAGAAAAAAAAUGAUAUUUUGUAACUUUAUCGUAAUAAAUUUGAAGUUUAAUAUUUAA